UUAAAAAAGCUUAAAAAUCUUAAAAAAACAGUCAAUUAUUCUGUAAUAAUAACUAAUAACUAAUAAAUAAUUACAUUCUUCUGUGAUAUUGGUCCGGUUUGGCAGUUCCAGUAUUUCUUUAUUUCCGUAAGAACCAUGCGACUAUAGACUUCCUCUGAAAGUAGUUUUUGUUAGUGUUUGAAAUACAAUUCCAAACUUUUUAACAAAUAAUCUUUUCAUUUUCGACAUAUUAUCAAAAUUUUAUUGAAAAUUGAAAUGAGUGGAACAACUAAUAUUCCAAAAAACACCGAAAGCAAUGUCCAAGCCGUCGAAAACAUAAACAAACAAAAACAGCGAUCAACAGAAAAAGAAAAACUUGUACAAGAACUAACAGAUAUGGGCUUUUCCAGAUCACUAGUAACGGAGAUUGUAGAUAAUGCUGGUGAUGUACCUAAAGCUUUGAUUGUUGAACAACUGUUAACAACAAACCCAGGGCCUAGUGAAAAUAUACCUGUGGUAGAAGAUGAUGGGGAUCAGUUAUGGGAAGAUGUUACUGUUGCAAAUAAAAUGGUAAUCGUUAUAAAUACUGGCUUGAAAAUGAGUGUUGGAAAAAUUGCUUCACAGGCUGCUCAUGCUGCAUUGGGCUUAUAUGAAGUGAUUAAAGAACGUGCAGAUCUAAGCCCUGAUUUAAUUAGUUGGAAUGAGCAAGGAAGUCGAAAAAUUGUUGUUGAAGCAAACAACACUAAUCAACUCAUUAAAGUGUGUUCAGAGGGUAAAAUACACAAGAUUCCAUUUUUCUGUGUCCACGAUGCAGGUCUAACUGAAGUGGAACCCAAUUCAUUCACUGCAUUGGCUUUAUUUGGAUCUGAUCAAGAACUGAAGCCAGUUACUGGAAAACUUAGACUACUAAAAUGAAUAACAUUUAUUUGUUUUGGAGAAUAUUUAAAUCGUUUAUUGGUUAUUUAUUUAUAUUUGAUGACUUACA